AUGUCAGACGAACAGUUCGACAGUCUUCACCGGCGCUUGAUGGGCUUAUUCCACCCAACCGGCAUCGAUAUCAGGUUAGGGGAGCUUUACACCAUGACCCAAGAGACAGCCGCCAGCCGAAUUGAAAACGCACUCAAUGAAACCGACUUAUUCUUAGACGCCAGCCUGGACGAGAUGCCGGGCAUAACGGCGGAUUUCCUUCGUCUCUCUCGGUAUAGACACUGGUUCCGAGAUGGGCAAGACUGGGAAUCACCAUAUGGGAUUCAACUCCGAGACCAGUUGCAUAUUAGUCACUGGGUUAUUGAGAAGACGGAUCCUGGGUUUCAGAAAUCGGAUAGGAGAUACAUGAUUCUUAUUCUACUACACCAUGCUAUACAUGCGUUCAAAUCAAGUUUACGCGAUGGACUUGGACUUUACCACCCAGUCAUUUAUAUGAAAUGGGACUCGGGAAUGUGGUUCGAUGUGUUCCCGACUGGCAUCCCGCCGCUUAGCGAUGUUUAUGACUGGAUUUCGAGGUUCUGGUCCGAUAAGUUCCAGCUUAGAACCUUUCAUGCCUAUUUGUAUUGGUUAGGGCUAGAUAAAAAUGGCGUCCGAUCCAGAUGCCCGACUAUGGACCGUUUGAGCGUGUGGGGCCGUCGAAGGGUAUAUUAA